UUUCGACAGACACGAAUUGCGCGGUUAUAACCGUCACAGAGUGACGACUGGUGGAUCUCAAUGUUGGAGAAAUGCAGCUAGUCGAGUCGAGCUGCUGCGCUGACUACGAGACGGAAAGAGACAGAGGGAGAGAACAGUUUCUGGCGUGACGUUGGAGCGAACCUUUCGAGCGGAGUCAACGUGCACGAGCUUUCACCAGAACGGGCCACAGCUCCGGGUUACGAUCGGGCCUCUUCGUCGCUCUCCUCGAAAUCGGUUUCUGCACCUCGCACGUUCACCUCCCACUUCGGACACGUUCAGUCUUCAGGUACGCUCGCCCGCGAAAAUCUAAGUCUCAAGUAGAUAUGGAUAAUAACGGAGUUCGUACAUGGUUCAAUCGCUCUUGCCAGUCCCCUGCACAUUUUCCUAAAGAUACUACAAAAUACGCAACUUGCCCAGCUGUUUUCCAGAGGAGAAGAUAAAGGAAAAUGCACAACUCUUGCAUAACGUUGCGUAACGCGCCGCCGCAUGGAAGCCCUCGUCGUCAGCUGAUAGUAUAGACAAAAUAACAAUUAGCCGCUCUACAAAUGUAUCGCGUUUUAAGUGAGUUGAGCAAUAAUCAGCCUCUUUUCUGUUCGCCACGAGGAAGGAGAGAGCGACGCGGUCGUUCGCGGGGAGAGGGACAGAAAAAGAGAGAGGAUCACCGGCAGUAGCUCGACGGCCGGAGAAGUAGGAGGAAGGCCAACCGGGAUGGUGGUGAUCGGAUCCACGAGCGGCAGUCCAUGGCGGGUAGUCGGCGCACAGUCAGCCACCACCUCGGCCAGUCGGUUGUAACCAGUCGGUACUUGGAGAACAGUUCUGUCCGCGGGGCCGCGGUAGUGCGCUUCUCGUGCCUCGGUUUACCUACUGCCUUCGGCUCAUUUUCACUUGUCUGCUUGCGGAAGUUUCAACGGUUUGACUUUUAAGCUCCAGAACGAGAUACGGUCACGACUUGAUAGAUCCGCUACGAGUGAUUGGUAGCGUGUCCGCGAGCACGCGUCUUGACGCAGUCCCAGCAGCAAGUGCGUGGAGUGUCCCGAUGUCAAGUGCUGAAUGAAAACACAUUUGUCCGGCAUAUAAAUGAUCGAGUGACCGCUCACGCGACGAGGAGGAUACGAGAAGAGGUGUUCGAAGCGUGGGUCCUCGUUGACGCGAGGCGGCAUCCCAGAAGAAGCUGCGGAAAUCUGACUACGGAUGGUUAAUGACGUGAUGAGCGAGUACGAACGAAUCAAGCGUUCGUGCUUGAAACGAGGCGAGCUCUGGGAGGAUCCAGAAUUUCCGGCGACGCAGGCGUCGGUCUUUUAUCAUCAGACACCUCCGUUCCAGUUCCAAUGGAAAAGGCCGAAGGAAUUGUGCAAUCGGCCGAUCUUCGUCAGCGAUGCACCGGCCCAGUUCGACGUCAUUCCCGGGAAAAUGGGUGACAAGUGGCUCGUGUCGUGUCUGGGUGUGCUGCACCUCAGCAAAGGUCUAUUCUACAGAGUGGUACCAGCCGAUCAAGGUUUCGGAAGCAGCGGAGAGCCGCCGGGUUCGCCGACCGCCGAGUAUGCCGGGGUGUUCAGGUUUCGGCUGUGGUGGUGCGGCGCAUGGGUGGAGGUCCUCGUCGACGACCGACUACCGGCGGUUCACGGCAGAUUGGCCUUCGUCCAGAGCCGCCAUAGCGAUCAGUUUUGGCCGGCUCUGCUGGAGAAAGCGUAUGCCAAACUUCAUGGUUCUUACGAGGCACUUAAGUAUGGAACAUUAUUGGACGGUUUGUCCGAUCUCACGGGUGGUAUCACCGAAAGUAUCGCGAUUCGCCAGGACCCUACGGCGUGCGGACGCGCGCUUUCGAAACUCCUGGACAUGACGUCCCUCAUCACUUGUACAGUAAACAACAAUCAGCAGCAACAGAUACGUGCCAGCACGGAGAAGCUUGCCAAUGGCAUACAAAUGGGAAUCAAUUAUAGGCUGUAUGCGAUCGAAAGGGUGGAAACUUUCGGCGGUGAAGCGGUGCAAUUAGUGAAAUUGAGGAAUCCUCUCGGACCUGGUGGCGAAUACGUAGGUGCUUGGGCGAGAGGCGGCCUUGAAUGGGACGAAGUGCCCGCGAUGGAGAGGGAACGGUUAGCUGUGAGGAACAUGGCUGAGGGAGAAUUUUGGAUAUCGUACUCUGAUUUCGUUAAGACGUUUACUCAUCUGGAAGUUGUGCACCUCGAUGCCGAAACUUCGAGAGAUGAACCGUCGUUGCACAGUAAACACACUUGGCAGAUGAAAUUGUACCAGGGAAGUUGGAGAAGGGGCGUUACCGCGGGAGGAUGUCGAAAUAAUCAAGAAACUUUCCACAUAAAUCCACAGCUGCACCUGAUUCUCAGCGAGAUGGAAGAAGUGAUCGUGUCGUUGAAUCAGCACUCCAUCAUGGAGCCGAAAGUGAUAGGUUUCACGGCGUAUACAUUGCCGAAGAAUAGCACCGAAUCGAUAAAUAAGCAGUUCUUCAAGAAGAACAAGUCCCUAGUUAAUUCGCAAUACACAAAUAGUCGGCAGGUGAGCCACAGGUGUCAGCUCGAGCAGGGUGGUUACCUGCUGGUACCUACGACCUUCGAGCCGACUCAAGAAACGAGUUUCACGUUACGAGUCUACAGCAGUAAGCCUCUAAAACUCAAGUUGCUGGACACUCCGCCGUCGUUAAUGAAAUCGGCAAUCGUGAAGGCGCCUCCUCUCGAAGGAAAAGGUUUCUCUCAAUAUGAAGCGGUGUUUCUACAGCUCGCCGACGAGCACAGAACCGUAAACGCUUUCGAGUUACAGGAGCUCUUAGAAGCCUGUUUACCGAAUGAUUACAUCAAAAGCUGCGCUUGUAUGGAAGUCUGCCGACAAGUAGUGCUCACUAUGGACAGCUCCGGGAGCGGUCGAUUGAAGUUCAACGACUUCAAGGAUCUCAUGUGUAGUUUAAAGUACUGGCAAGCCGCAUUUAAGAACCACACGAAGGAGAAGACGGGCAUACUCAAGGCGGAGAGACUGCGAGACGCCCUGCUGGAAGUUGGUUUCCAAUUAAACACGGACGUACUGUCGAUUUUGAUUCUACGAUACAUGAGGAAAGACGGGACUCUCCGGUUCGGCGAUUUCGUCUCGGCGAUACUACAUUUGAGCGACGCAUUUGGUAUAUUCGAGAGCAAAGAUCCUUUGCAAAACGGAACUAUAAAGUUGAGUCUGUCAGAGUGGCUGAGAUCAUCCUUGAUGUGCUGAGGGAGCGUGAGUCAAACGCGAAAUCCAUACGUGUACCUUGAACCGUCUGUAAAUAACAUUCGUUUUUCUAUCUCAACACUAGGCGUAAGCUCUAGCCAUAUUAACGAUAUUAGCGCGCGAUCCCGCUCAUCUUUCUCGCACUAUGUAAAAUAAUGUCAUUAUUUCUUACAUUUCCGCUCGGCUCAUUAUUCUCUUUGUGUAAAAUUACGACUAAGGAGCUAUGUAUGAUACGUUGUUUGUGUAAGCAUAUCGCACUGGAUAAUAAAAUUAAGUAUAUUUUGCAUA